UGUUGCCAUGGUAACCGUGCGCGUGCCCUGUGUGUCUGUGUGAGGAAAGCAGACGCUAAAGUCAAAGCUAACUCCAGAUUUCGGUGUUUUUCAGCUCACACACCGGUGUCCGGUCCUCACUGGUCCCUGUCCGGUGUGCAGAGCGGCUCUCCGAGACAUCUGUUCUUCCACAUACGCUGAAAAGGGGAAUAAUGAGUGUGGAGGGCGUGUCCUCUCUACUGAUGACAUCAUCGCCAGGUAGAUCACACACACUUCCUGUGGAGCACCUGGACUACACCUACAUCCAGCAGUGUGGAGAUUUGAAAUACCUGGAGAAGAUCCUGCAUGUGCUCAGGUCAGGGAAAGAGGGGGCGUAUCCACGGCUGACAGAUUUCUGUGAGAAGCGCAUGGAGUCUCUGGAGCCGAGACAUCGCGCUCUGAGGAAGGACACGUGUCCAGCGACCGCCGCCUCCUUCUCUGCAGACGAGUGGAAACAGAUCACUGAUGACUUACAGGCCUGGCAGAGAGAGAUCACGGAGAGUGAGCAGCAGCUCACGCAGUCACCGAUGUUCAACACUGAUACACUGCCACCUGUACACAACCGCACACUACAGAAACCAGCAAACACUACGGCCACUACAGCACACAGUAAACGACGUGCUGUUCCCCGUGCGUACAGCAACUGGGACAGGUUAGAUGUAGAUAAAGAGUGUACUAAAAUAGAUGAGGAGAAAAGUAACAGCGACGCCCCUGCUGUGAUAAACUCCGCCCACACACGCAUCACACCUCACAUCGACACCUCAGCUCUGACACAGCAGGAGAAAUGUGUGUUAGCCAUUCGAGAGAGGGAGAAAGGAAAUGAGGCCUUCAGAGCGAGGGACUGGGACGAGGCCAUAGUCUACUACACCAGGAGUUUGUGUAUCUUGCCCACAGUAGCUGGGUUUAAUAACCGAGCUCAGGCUGAGAUUAAACUGCAGCGCUGGACUGAUGCACUGAGAGACUGUGAUGCUGUGCUGAACAUCGAAACACACAACUGUAAAGCUCUGCUGCGUCGUGCGGCUGUAUACACACACCUGGAGAAGCUACAGGCAGCGCAUGAUGACAUCACAACUGUUCUUCAUUCUGAACCUCACAACAUCACAGCACAAAAACUGCUGCAGGAAGUGAAUAAGAAAAUAAAUACAGAGCUGCAGCACAAACCACGUCCACCAAACCAGCCAAUCAGAGGCAAGAAGCUUCUGAUCCAGGAAGUGGAUGAGGAAAAGGAGGAAGAGACAAGUGAUGAGACAGAUGGUGAAAGUGCAGGAGCAGACAAACAGGCUCAGAGGGACAUGGAAGGGCGGACAGAUGGAGAGAUGGAGAGACAGAUGGAAAUAAAGACAGAUGGAGAGAUGGAGAGACAGAUGGAAAUAAAGACAGAUGGAGAGAUGGAGAGACAGACAGGUGGAGUGAGACAGGGCGUGGACGCUGCAGCAGUGAGGAGCGAGGGAAAUGAGCUGUACAGGAACGGACAAUACGGAGACGCAGCCGAGAAAUACACACACAGCAUCACAACACUUACACAAUCAGGUGUGUACAGUGAGGAGGAAAUGUUUGUUCUGUACUGUAACAGAGCUGCAUGCUUCCUGAAGAUGGGACAGUGUACUGAGUGUGUGUCAGACUGCUGCCGAGCUCUGCAGCUGAAGCCGUUCGGUGUGAAAGCUCUGUUGAGGCGAGCAAUGGCGUUUGAGACUCUGGAAAAGUUUCGACUCGCUUAUGUGGAUUACAGAACUGUACAACAAACACACAACACACACAGUGUACAGCAGCAUGUCAACAGGCUCACUCAGGUUCUGAUGGAGCAGGAUGGAUCUGAUUGGAGAACAAAACUGCCAGAGGUUCCAUUUGUCCCAAUAUCAGCUCGACAUGACGGUACUGAGACUCUGCCCUCAUCACAAACCACAAACAACACACACACUGUGCUCACUAUGAAAACUCGUCCCAACACAGAGACUCCGCCCACCGUGAAAACUCCACCCACCAAACAGUGUCCACCCACAAUGGAGAUACCGCUACACACAGAGGCUCCGCCCAUCAGUGGUCCAUCCCAAACACGCAGGCGCAUCAACAUAGAAGAGGUGGAGAGUGAAGAUGAAGAUGAUGAGGAUGAAGAUGGUGCUGAUGAUGAUGGUGCUGAUGAUGAUGAGGAUGAAGGUGGUGCUGAUGUUGGUGAUGAAGUAAUGACCUCCAGUCCAGCUAAUGCCUUUGAGUUUGGCCAGGUGUUGAACGCGGCCCGUUGCCGUGGCGAUCUGGCGGCGUGUGCCCGGCUCCUGAGAAGUGUGUCACCUCACACCCUCCCUCACCACAUCAGCACACAGCUGGAUACACACACACUCAGCUUCAUCAUACACACACUGCACACACACAUCCUGCCCACUGAGCCCGGGCUGGUGUACCGUCUCCUCACACACCUGCACGCCGCCGACAGGUUCACGGUGGUUCUGAUGCUGAUGGACUCAGAUGAGAGGAGACAGAUCACACGGCUGUUUGAAUGUCUGUGUGCAGUGGAGUGUGAUGAGUUCUCACGCGAGAACAUUAACAGCCUGGCUAAUAAAUUCAUAUAACACACACACACACACACACACACACACACACACACACACACACAUGCAUAUUAAUGCAUGAAAGUUUGUGGCUUUAAUAUGAAUUAGUUUUUUUCCUAACACUCAGAUCAGAGGUGUGGUCGGGGAGGGGGAGGGGAGUGGGAGGGGCUAGUCAUGAGCAGUGUGGAGUUUGGUGGGCGGAGUCAGCACCAUGUCACCUGCUUAUGGUUCAUAAUGACAUAGUGGCUCCGCCCCUCUAGUAUUUGGACGAGAGUGCUGAUGUGAAUGUUGUGAAAUCUGCUUCAUUUCUUACACAGUGUUUUUACAGCACCAUGGCCACACGCACACACACACACACACCUGAGGAAGCUGAAAUAAAACACACUUCUUAAUCAUUA